AUAGCGUUAAAUCAAAUACCGGUACCGUACGUACUUUAUUAUCGCGCGCCAGAUCGCAGGCAUCUCCCUUCUCAUGAACUAUGCCUAUGAAGCCAAAGGCCCUUCAUUUUCUGAAUAGAAGCCAUAGCUAGCCGGCCAACUGUCAGAAUUGCCAGAGUACAAUAAGAGGUUGCUGUUCGUUUCACCAGCUCUGCCUCUGGUACUAUAGGAUAGGGUCCCCCACCCAUAUAUAUAGCCAUCAGGAAUGAAUACACCAACAUUGGAAAGUUUAGAGAAAGAGAUGGAUGAACAGGAUGACGACAAUGAAAACUGGUCGUUGCCAGCAUCAAGCCUUCCAGGUCAGUCAGGUUAUUGCAGCUCUCAUCUUGCACUGACCAGCAGUAACAAUCAACUUCUAUCCGGUAAUAACAAUGUGAAGGCAGUAGGCAGCAUGGUUUCUAGUAUGAAGCUAAACACAAACAAGGCAGGGAUGGAAGGCUUAGACAAAGAGAGGAUCAAUAAAAUCAUCAUGGAAGCCUCAAAAGGUUCAAGGUAUUAUGAGAAUCAGAAGAAAAGAGAGCAGCAGACGACGGAGAGGAUCAACAAAAUGAUGGAGAAACUUUCUCGGCUGACAGAAUCUGAAAAACAAGCUGCUUUGACUCAGGUUGAUGAAAUGGUGACAGAUCUGGAGCUGAGUAGAGAUUUGAGCCGGACCAUUGUUCAUCUUGAUAUGGAUAUGUUCUAUGCUGCUGUUGAAAUGAGAGACAACCCUGAACUAAAAGAUAAACCAAUGGCAGUCGGUGGCAUGGGUAUGUUGUCUACAUCAAACUACAAAGCGAGACGAUUCGGGGUCCGUGCUGCUAUGCCAGGGUUCAUUGGAAAGAAGCUAUGUCCAGAGCUGGUGCUUGUCCCAUCCCAUUUUGACAAGUAUCGAGCUGUCAGCACCCAAGUGAGAGAGAUCCUGGCAGAUUAUGAUCCAAACUUCUGUCCUAUGAGCCUAGACGAAGCUUACUUUGACCUGACGGAAUAUCUGGAGAGAAGAAGGACAAUGAGUGCUGAAGAGAGGACCUAUCCGUACUGGUCAGCAGAAUCCAGUGAUCAGGGAGGGGAUGAGCAGAAGAGUAGUUCUGAUGAAGCUGCUCACCAAGAGAAACCAAGUGACGAUGGUCCUUCAGGAGAUGACCAAACAUGCGUUGGUGAAGAUAAGUCUUUGUUCACCCUGGUCUCAAGAAACCAAGGACAAGUGACUUCUGGGACAGAUCCUACAGAUCCAGGAAAGGAUCAUCCACAAUCCCCUUGUCAUCAGGAAAAUACAGAGGAUCAAAGUAAGAGCCUAGGAAGUUGCACCCCAGAAGGAGGGAGGCCUGAGUUAUCAACGCAGGAGAUGGAGGAUGGAGAGUCUGCAUGUGGGACUAAGAGAGGAGAAAGCAGGUGUGAAACAUUUGGAGUGACCUGUGAAGAGGUGGUGAGAGAGAUCAGGUUCAGAAUUGAGCAGAAGACCAGACUGACUGCAAGUGCUGGUAUUGCACCCAACUGCAUGUUGGCCAAGAUCUGUUCUGAUAAAAACAAACCUAAUGGACAAUACAGAAUACAAGCAACUAGGGAUGAUGUUAUGGAUUUCAUCAGAGAUCUACCCAUUAGAAAGAUAUCUGGCAUUGGCAAAGUAACAGAGAGGAUGCUGAGUGCUCUUGGCAUACAGACCUGUACUGAUCUCUACCAGCAGAGGGCUCACUGCUAUCUUCUUUUCUCUCAGAUAUCAUCCAGUUAUUUUCUUCGCAUCAGUGUCGGUAUUGGAUCUACUCAUGUUGAGAGGGAUGGUGAAAGAAAGAGCAUGAGUACUGAGAGAACAUUCAAGGAAAUGAGCGUGCCUACUGAGCUCUACAGUAAAUGCAUGGAACUUUGUGAAUCACUGGCUGAAGAUGUUAAAAAAGAGCAGAUUCAGGGCAAGACUGUGACAGUGAAACUAAAGACCGUUGAGUUUAAGGUCAAGAGUAGAGCUUCAUCCUUAAAGACUCCAGUCAGCUCAGCUCAAGAAAUCUUUGCUAUCGCUAGAGAUCUGAUAAGGACAGAGAUCAGAGCUUGUCAUCCUGAACCUCUCAGGUUGAGAUUGAUGGGUGUAAGGCUAUCGUCUCUUGAAGAUGCAAGCAAAUCAUCCAAGAGCAAACAAGGAACCCUUCUUGCCAUGUUUGCUAAGAAGCAGAACAAUAAUCCACAGCACAACACUACACCUGCACCAGACUGCAGAGAACCCAACAUGGAUUUACUAGAAGAAAGUGCUUCAAUCAACAAUGUUAGCGGUAGUGUUGAAACUACAGGGAGAGAGAGCGAUGUGUGUAGAAUCAGUGAUGUAGCACCUGACACCGGGAUGUUAGCAUCAGACACUGAAGUGUUGGCAUCCAACAUAGGGGUGUUAAUGCCUAACAAUGAAGCUGGUGUUGAUGCUACCAUUGUUAAGAAAGACUCUAAGGAGAAUGAAGAUAUUGUUUUAAGAUCAAAGAAAGCAAUGGAGGUCAGGGACUCUGCAUGGUCGAUUGGUGCUGGUUUGAAUAUUAACAGUGCGGAUAGCACAGUGUCAUCGGAUUCUAAAUCCAUUACAGUUAAUGCCAGAUCAUUAUCCAAUGGUAUCUGCAACUCUCUUUCACUUCACAUGGGUGAAAUAGAACCUAGGCUUCCAUUCUGCGAUGACGAGUAUGUAUCAGGAAGGGAGAAUAAUCACCUGUCAAUCACCGAUGGGGAAGAACCAACAGAACAAUUAUAUCACCCAGAAUCGCUUUCCAAAUCAGAGAUUUUCAAUGAAGAAAACAACCAAAGAGUGGACAUAAUGCUGCAAAAGAACUCCCAUCGUAAAUCUGGUGAAAAUGGUGGUACGGAAUGCUCCAGCAUCGUGAAACCUGAAGCACAGAAGAUGUUGACGUGUCCCAUUUGCGGACAAGAGAGGGCAUACUGUACCCUUGAGGGAUUGAAUCGACAUAUAGAUGCUUGCCUCAACAGGUCGGCCAUCAAAGAAAUUCUCCAGAGAGAAAGGUUAAGAAGUUCUUCUAGCAGUAACAGUACUCAACCUACCAAAAGGAGUCCUCCAAAGAAGAUACAGUCAAGAAAAAGGAGUAAUUCUGGGUCAAGUUCCAGUAAGAAAAAGAGGUCAAAAUCAACACCAUGCAGAACACUGCAUGACUUCUUCCAGAAAAAAGACAAGACUACUUGAUCAAUGGACAACAGAGGAGCGUUUUGUGAUUUUUUUCCUGUCAGUGAUCAGCCAAUGAGAUCAAAGCAUUUCAGAAGCUUGAAAUAGUUCAGAUAAAAUCAAAAUUAAUCUUUUCACUCCCAAGGCGUACAUAGUACAGACUUACUUUGUGAUUAUUUUUGUAUCAUGUAGAAAGAUCACAUGUUUAACGAAAUCAUGCAACUCAUUUAUCACAUAUUACAUACUAAUAUGUCAUAGUAUGAAGUGAACCUAACUUACCAAGUAUUUUGCUCGUUUUCUUUUUCACCAUUUGCAAAGUGCAUUUAUAAUUCAUAUUAAUUAUGAUAAACUAAUUUGUCAGUAUUUUGUAAAUACAUGUACAUUUGUAUGUGAAUAUCAGUACUCAGAAAAUAGAUAUAUGUGUGAUAUAAAUGACAAUGGGUACUAGUCUGAAAUAAGUGAUGAAACAUUUUAAUAUUUGUUAAUUGCUAUGUACAUGGAUACCACUAGAGGACUUUGUUUAUGAAGAUACUGUAUAUCUACUGUAUUAGAAAAAAACCCAAUUCAUUAUACAAUGGUGAUUUAUGAUCAAAGCCAAACUCAAGCCGUUGCAGGGAUCAGUACUUCACAGAAAAGGUCUUUGAAGUUUGAACUCAAGGUCAUGGUUGUGAGAUGUGGAUGGUUAAUCAAAUACAAUAACAAGGUUCCCCAUCACUAUCUUAAACAUACUUCUUGAGUGGGUAUUAGAAUAAUUAUGCUCACUUGUUCUCUAUGAAAUGUCAGGUUAUGACUGUUCCAGAGAUACCUCGUUCAUGAAAUCCUCACAAAUGUUUAUUGUUUGUAUUGCAUUUGUAUGUCCUUUACAAUGUCACCAUUUCAAUCAUAUGGUUCAUACAUACCUGUUUUCCAUAUCAUUAAUGAAAUAGAAAACCACUUUUAAUGUACCGACUAGGGCUUCAUCUACUCUUCAUUAUUUAGUGCAUCUCUUUUAGAAUGAGUUGGUGUCAAUAUGCAUUGUGCACUUUUAUCGCCAUCUUGUAUAAAUUAUCCAUGAAUUUCAAUCCAGGUGGUCUGAUGUCUACCCCUUUCCCCAUUUAAAUAAAAAUGGUAAAAACUUGAUGAUAGUUAAAGGGAAUCCAGCCUUGGCCAUAUAAUGUUGUGUUGGGAAGGAGAAAAAUAAAUUAAACAGAAUGGCAAAAGUUUGAAAGAAAUCGGACAAGCAAUAAGAAAGUUAUAGCUGCUUUAAAAUUGAGAUCACUAAUAGUAUGUAGAUUUCAAAUUGGCAACUGGGUAAGUAAAUUAUGACAAGGGGCAAGGACAACUUUCCCAUAGGCCAUGUACUUUAUUAUCAGGGAUUUGUGGUUUUCUCUUAAGUACCCAUUCCCCUGGGGGCAGUAAUCUAAAUAUAAUCCAGGUAGUAUAUUGUUUUAUGUCCUCAUGAAAGAAAAAUAUGAUUUGAAAUAAAACUUUAGGGAAAAAUGACAUUUUAGCCAUAAUAUGUACUGGAGUACAUGGAAGAGUAGUCCUUGCCUUACAUCACUAUGACAUCCCAUAUGCGGCCAAUUUGAAGUCUCCAUGGGUAUAGUGAUUACCAAUAUUUACAACUUUUAAAUAUUCAUAACUUUCUUGUUGUUUGUCCAAUAUUGUUCAAACUUUCACCUAUCAACUUGUCUGAUUUUUCUUUUUCUUAUAAAAACAAGUUUUUAUUUGGGUUGGAUUCCCCUUUAAAUUAUGAAUUUCACAUGUAUGUAACUUUUGUAUGAUGAGGAUCGGUAAGGAAUGGAGGGUAACAUGAUUUUUUCAUUUAAAACAUGAAACUUGCCAAUAAUUAAAUUUUGAGCAUUACAGUAGCAGUAUUAGACACAUUGCACAUUAUUUUCCUUAUGAAGGUUUUUUCAUACUGCUACAGGACAGGAACACUAGGUGAGGAUUAGUUCUCCAAGUUGAUUGGAGAACAUGACUUGUACUUUCUAUUACAUUUUAUGUUUACUUACAAGGCAUAUUUGUCUUGAAAUAUAAGGUAUUUAAAAUCAUUUUAGGAAUUAAUGCUUGUACAUGAAAUGCUGCAAUAAAUUUGAUACUCAGAUAUUUAAAUUAAAUUGAAAAUGAUAUGAUAAAUG